UAUCCACUCAUCCCAUUUUUAGUGGGGGGGGGGCCGCUUGGACUUUCUAGGGGCAUGUGACCCCUCCCCCAUGGCUGCACCAUUGGUCUAAUGAACAAAAUGCUGAAGAAAAUAAGUAAACCAAACUUGAAACCAAACUCUGUAGGGACCUAAAACGAGUCUACUGUUUUCACGGACGUUGUAGAGGGCGCUCGACGACUUAACUCCAAACGCGACGCACGAUUACGCUGCGCUUCAAAGUCCGAGAGUCGUCUGCUACAACGAAUUUCGGAAACCGGAAUGCGGGCAGCAUUGUUUUGAUUUCACCACUUCUUGUCGUAAUUGUCCUCUUUCGAAGCUGAGGAAGUUGUGUCUUUCUCAUCAUGGCAUCAUUCACCUUUCGCUCUCUUCUCAAGUCAAGUUUGAAGCCUGUGGUUGUUGGCUCCGUUGUGGGUGGUUUUGUCUGCUAUGGGACCUACCGGCAUCAAAAAAGUCCAGUUUUGGCCAAGACGUUGCAUUUUCCAGCUCCUAGUGCUAACAAAUUUAUGGCCGAAACAAUUACGCCUGCCUCCACCCUCGAGAGAAGUACAGCUAUGAAAUCCAGAAUGGAACUCUUCAUCAUGAAAAUUCAGGCUGACCUCUGUAGAACUCUUGAAGAAAUUGAGGGCGAGAAGAAGUUUCUCGUUGACAGAUGGGAAAGACAAGCAGGUGGGGGUGGGGUGACCUGCCUCAUGGAAGAUGGCAGGGUAUUUGAGAGGGCAGGUGUCAAUGUCUCGGUUGUCAGUGGCAAUCUGACAUCAAAAGCCGUGGCUCAGAUGAAAUCAAGAGGGAAGAAACUUGAGGAAGGAAAGAUGCUGCCUUUCUUUGCUGCUGGAGUAAGCUGCGUGAUUCAUCCGCGCAAUCCCAUGGUGCCAACCCUUCAUUUCAACUAUCGUUACUUUGAGGUAGAGCAGGAGGACGAGACACAGUGGUGGUUUGGAGGAGGGACAGAUCUGACUCCCUAUUACUUGGAUGAAGAGGAUGUGAAGCACUUUCAUGGUACCCUCAAGAAAGCCUGUGAUAGACACAAUCCCAAACACUAUCCAGACUUCAAGAAAUGGUGUGAUGACUACUUUGUCGUGUCACACAGAGGUGAACGACGUGGAGUAGGUGGUAUCUUCUUUGAUGAUCUGGACACGCCCUCUCAGGAAGAAGCCUUUGCUUUCAUUCAGGAUUGUGCAAAUGCUGUCAUACCAAGCUAUGUGCCUAUGGUGAAGAAGCACAUGAACGAUGGAUAUGGCUUUAGAGAGAGAGAAUGGCAGCUGCUCAGGCGCGGAAGAUAUGUUGAGUUCAAUCUGGUGUAUGACAGAGGGACGAAAUUUGGCCUGUUUACACCCCAAGCAAGAAUAGAGAGCAUUCUGAUGUCAUUGCCUCUCAGUGCAAAAUGGAAGUACAAACACUCUCCUGAGGAGGGAUCCAAGGAAGAUGAACUGAUGAAAGUUCUCAAGACGCCGAGGGGAUGGGUGUAAUUGCAAACUCCGGCAGGGAAAGUUGGCCCUUCAUUUCUUGUAAGUUUUUGCAUCAGUCAGGCCUUAGGUUUGGGAGACUUUUUAACAACUCUAUUCCAAGGAUACAUUUUAAGUAGAACUGGCUUUAUAGUUGAAUUUCUUCGAAGCUCCAUCUUGAUAUACUUCCAAAGUUAUUUGCUUUUUGACUUAUUUUGGAUUGAAUGAGGUCUCCCAUUGAGGCACCAUUUCCACUCAUCUUGAAGUUGGUUUUGUAUUUUAUGUGUGAAAUAGUGCAAAAUCCUCAAUCAAGUGGAAAUAAAAUAAUUCAACUAAAAAAAAUGAGUAAAAUACAAUCACAUUUUUAGGGGGGAGAGGGUUAAGAGCAAUUUCAGACUUCUUUCAAGUCCCUAAAGGUAGACUCCAAAAGCAAGUACCAUGUACCAUGUAAAUAUACCAGCCUGUACAAUUUUUUUUAUUCACUGUAAUACAAAUGUGAUACAAAAUACGUGCAAACAUUACAUAGGACUUUAAAUAUUAAAGUCAUCUACCCACUCCUGUUGAUGGUAGUACAUGGCAGUGAAUUUGGCCUGGCCCAGUAAUUGGCCAGAGGGAGAUUUCGCCCAUCUUUUACUUUGCAAUGACCUGGGGUGCAACCCUCCGUUACUCAUUGCCCUGUUCGAAAUAUGCUCAGUUUGUACAAACAAGGCCGUGUGGGCAUUGGCUAUGGCUUGAAAUCACAUACAAGUCUGUGGUUGUGGCUCCAGCCACUUCCCGUAGAGUUGUGAGUAAUUUUUAAGCCCCAGCCAAGUAAUUUGGACGCGACCUUACUCUGACCUAGUGAAGAAAUUCUGCGGUUAAAGUAUUUUUUUCUUUUGCAUAACUGCAGAUUAGGCAACGGGAUCCUUGAGAAGAGGUUUUCUGCAAGAGCAUUUUGUCAAUAUUUGACAAAUGUGUUUGAUUUUGUAGGGAUACUUUUUUGACAUUUUGUAACUGUAAUAAACAACUUGCACUGCUAGUUUUCAAGCACUAGGUCUGCUUAAUAUUAAUUGAUUUCUCACAAACUUUGUAUGGAAUAUAGUGUUACAUUUUUGUUCCAUUUUCAAAAACACAAGGUGAUUAUAUGUACUUGUGACCGAAUGUAGAAGUAAUUAUGAAAAAUUAUUAAAUUAUGAGUGGCCCAAUUUUAUUAAGAUAAAAUGUGCCUCAGAUUAAAAAUACCAUAAUUCUAUCUUUAAAGGAACAAGGAAAUGAAUUUUUCUUAGAAUCA